AUGGACGGAAUUUCACAGCCGAUAUCUUCACCAUUCCGUGGUAGGAUCAAAGUAUAUGAUACACCCGACGGCAGCGACGUACGCUGGACCGAACCGCGGCGUGUCCACCUUCACAAGAGAACACCUUCAGGGGCUACACUAUGCUGCGCUUCUGUCACCAUAGGCGGCGUCGUAGAGGACCCGGACAAUUGGCUGGUCUGGUUGACCUCGGACCAGCUUGUGCCGGAGUCCGAGAGCCAGCUCGAACAGCAUUCAGACACAAGCGAUGAGAGUUGCGUCUGCAUCGGAUACGUCAAACACACGAGCCGAAAUCUUCACUACACCCUAAUCGACAUAUUUGUCAACCUACGCGAUACGGGCGUCCUCACAGCCGGGAAGGACUACAUCUCAGGGAAACUCUCGUACAAAGCCACACUCCAUCCCGUUAUCGUCAAGGACCAGCACAGGAAGUCCGAUCUGGUUGUCAUGACUCGGAGUCGGCACCAGGACGUCAUGACGGGUUGCAUCACCUCUUUACCGACUAGAAUCGCACGCCCGGCUUACAUGGGCACCGGUGAGCUCAUGGUCGCUCAUUUCGAUCCUUCUCAGGGCCGCGUGCCGUCGAGGAUAGACGUAGGGACGUGGGUGUAUGUGAGAAAGCCCAGUCACGAUAUCAGCCCCGAGACCAACGGAGUAAGGGGGAUCGAGGAACUGGAAGACGGGAUGAAUUACGUCGGGGUCUUUGGGGGACACGGUGGCUAUGAUGGCCGCAAGAAAACUUUCAUUCCGGUCGUUCUACUCGGGCACAUCGUCGAGGUCGACGAGAGUGGGAGUAAGAACGCGAGUGUCAGGGUGACGAUCCAGGGCUCGUACGAGGUCUUGACUGAGAUAUUCAUCCGCCGCGGAAAGCUGGAAUACCCUGAGGGCGACGGAUGGGGGGCCGUGGAUACUGACACGUCGCCGAUUCCCACAUAGAAUGAUACAGGAAGCAAGAUUUCUUGUUGUCUACGAUAUCCCUUGACUUAGAGUUGUCGGUCACGAUACUCCUCGUUCUUGGCAAAGACGGGGAAAGAAAACUGAGACGCAUAGUAGUUAAGCGAGGUGGAAAAUCUAAGUAGAUAGGCUAUGAAUAUACCCA